UGGGCUAUAAGAGUGGAAGGCAAAGUGGAGAUACAGAGCAGAUGCAAUCAGUUGUAGCACUUAUCAUUGACAGGAAGUGGGAUCUGUGAUGACCACAGGAAAUAUGCCUAAAUCUGUGUAACAAUACAAUUUGAGAGCACUCCUGUUCACUGCUGCAUGCAGCUGAGCUAAAUGGUGAGGAAGGCCCUGAGAUUUCAUGUGUGGUUAACUAUGGAUGCAAAGUAAACCAGCUUGUCUUGCUGUUCUUGUGAUGAUUUUGUGCACAGCUGUAGAGCCUCAGUGUGGGGGUGAUGGGAUGGCAGUUCUGAUUGUGAGUGAUGAUACCUGGUUGUGGAUUCAAACAGUCUUGAAGAAUGUGGCCAGUAGCCUGAUGACCUGGGAUGAUGUGGGAUAAGGGCACUGAGGCUGCUGGAAUGGGGUGUGAGCAGUGGCAAGUGUUAAGUGUUGCCUCUGCAUUUGGAUCAAGCUGUUGAGACUUAUUUGAUGGUGAAGCUCUAAUGACAUCAAUUGGUGUGCUGCCUGUUCUCUUGCCUUGCCCUAGCAAGUUGCAACCUGCCUCCAGGUGGAUCCCAGUGCAGAACCUACAGCAUCAUUAACUCUUAGCACUCCUGCACUCUAGGCCACAAUGGCAGGUCGAGGUGUAGCUGCUCGACCAAAUGGACCAGCUGCUGGAAACAAAAUCUGCCAGUUUAAACUUGUACUCCUGGGAGAGUCAGCAGUGGGGAAGUCCAGCCUUGUCCUGCGCUUUGUGAAGGGGCAGUUCCAUGAGUACCAGGAGAGCACAAUUGGAGCUGCCUUCCUCACACAGACAGUUUGUCUGGAUGACACAACAGUGAAGUUUGAGAUCUGGGAUACGGCAGGACAGGAGCGGUACCACAGCCUGGCCCCCAUGUACUACCGAGGGGCACAGGCAGCCAUUGUUGUCUACGACAUCACUAACACAGACACGUUUGUACGAGCCAAGAACUGGGUGAAAGAGUUGCAGAGACAGGCUAGCCCCAAUAUUGUAAUUGCACUAGCUGGAAACAAGGCAGACCUUGCUACCAAGAGAGCUGUGGACUUCCAGGAUGCACAAACGUAUGCAGAUGACAACAGCUUGCUGUUCAUGGAGACAUCAGCAAAGACAGCGAUGAAUGUGAAUGAAAUCUUCAUGGCAAUAGCCAAAAAACUGCCAAAAAGUGAACCUCAAAACAUUCCUGGUGGCCUAGGGAGGAAUCGGAUAGUUGACCUCCAGGAGAGCAGUCAGCCAACCAGGAGCCAAUGCUGCAGCAAUUGAGCAGCCCUUUCCUGCCUGAGAUGGAGCCCUUGAUUGACAUGACUGGAAUCCACUCUAACAGUUGCACUUACAGUAGAGGGGCUGCUGCUGGUGGUUGCUGUGAUUUUUCCAUCCCUUUCUGAUCAGAGGCUGGAGGGAUUUCUUCCACCUGCAGCUUUCUAUACAAAUACUAAUUCAAUUCUAAAGUCUUACAAGUCACUUUUUAAAAAUAUAUGAACUUCUCUUUCCUCUUCCUGGUGGUGGUAGUGGAUGCGUAACCUGGUGUCUGCUUAGCCAGCUCCUCCCUUCCCACAGGGGAGGGCCAGCAGCACCCAGGUCCCACAGUACUGUACUUCACUCUUGGAAACAAAGGGAUAUCAGGCUAGCCCAGCCACGUUUCACAUCACCCCCGCUCAAGAGCUGGGCCUGACACCAGUAUGAUAUUGCCUACAACAACCACUAAACUUGUAGUAUUAAGGAUACACUUGGGCUCUUCAGCCACUUAUUGACCAAAUCAGUGAUGAGUAUUCUGGGAUGGGCAGAGGGGAGCAAAACUGGUUUCUUCUGUAUUUUGUAUUGUAUGUUUCUUCAUGUAACCAAUCAGUAUCUUGUCAAUAUAGUACAUAUAAUUAGCUGCCUGUUGUCUUUAUUUGUGUUGGACUCUAGCCUGCCAACUAUUAUGUUUUUCUUUUCUAUCUCCAGUUCUGUUGUAAUGCACUAAUCCUAUUGCAACUUUUGCAAAAAAAAUCUUGUAUAGGAAAUUGUCUUUUUUUUUUUUUAUGGUUGUGGUGCCACUAACGUUAACCCUACUCUGGUGUGAAUACACAUAGUUUACUAAUGUAGACAGGUGGUAUGGAGGAAAACCUCAGAUGAUUUGUCAUUGGAAACUGUAUUGUAAAAGCCUGUAAUUCCUUGAAAUAUGAAGGGAGGAAUUAAAAUGGCUUCUGUUGCCAGACUCUAA